UUCAAAUCUCUCUCUCUCUCUCAAAUUGCAGAGAGAUGGCGAAGCCCUUGGCCGAUUUUGGAAGCAACAGAGCAGCCGUUCAAGCAACAAACGAUGAUGCUUCGGCGAGUAAACUGUCCUGUAUCAAGAAGGGAUACAUGAAAGAUGACUACAUUCAUUUGUUUGUGAGAAGGCCUGUGAGGAGAUCUCCAAUAAUCAACCGUGGUUAUUUUGCUCGUUGGGCUGCUCUUCGAAAGCUUCUCCUUCAAUUUCUUGAUUGUGAGAUACAUUCUGAUGAAGAAAAUCACACCAAGAAGCAAAUAUUGUCACUAGGAGCUGGCUUUGACACCACCUAUUUUCAGUUGCAGGAUGAAGGGAGAGCGCCAUAUCUGUACGUGGAACUGGAUUUUAAGGAGGUGACUAGUAAGAAGGCAGCUCUUAUUGAGACCAACGGUCAGCUGAGGGACAAAGUUGGUGAAACAGCAUCAAUAUCAUUAGAGAAAGGGGAAGUACUCGGUGAUCAAUACAAACUACUUCCUGUUGAUUUGCGCAACAUACAGAAAUUAGAUGAUAUCAUAGAAUUGUCUAAUUUGGACCCCAGCCUGCCAACAUUUAUAAUUGCAGAAUGCGUUUUGAUAUACUUGGAUCCAGAUUCAAGUUGUGCUAUAGUUGGUUGGGCUUCAAAAACAUUUUCUACAGCUAUAUUCUUUUUAUACGAGCAGGUUGUGCAACUUUCCAAACUUCAAAUCCACAACUUUAUUUUUGCUUUUCUCUCUCAUUGCCCUCUGGUUGCCUAUUUUCUAGCAUUUUACUUUGGUGAUCCUAGUUUCUUUGGUUUUUACUUUGGCAUUCAUCAGAUCCAUCCUGACGACGCUUUUGGGCAGCAAAUGAUAAGAAAUUUGGAGAGUCGAGGCUGUGGACUACUGAGCAUUUAUGCUACACCAACUUUGCUUGCCAAGGAAAAACUUUUUCUUGAUCAAGGAUGGCAGAGGGCUGUUGCCUGGGACAUGCUGAGAGUUUAUAGUGAUUUUAUUGAGGCUAAAGAAAGACGCAGGAUUGAACGAUUGGAAUUAUUCGAUGAAUUUGAAGAGUGGUACAUGAUGCAGGAGCACUACUGUGUGACUUAUGCAAUCAACGAUGCCAUGGGCGUGUUCAAGAAUUUUGGUUUCCCUGAUGACACCUCCUCAACAUCAUCCCAAUGAAGGCUUGAGCUCUUGUCAGAUCAUAAUUCUUUUCAAACUUGGAUAAUUAUUAUUGAUGUGGCAAGAAGCACGUGA